AUGACUGACGCCGCGGAUAACCCCAGCACUACUCCUACCAGGAGCACAAAAGCAGUCUCAUCUUCUGCAGACAAAGAUCAUCCUCUUCCUUCAGUCGAAUUUACCCUUUCCUGCAACCCUUCAUCCUCCGAUUGUAUGACCCCGAACUCGUCCGCCGAUGGUUCCAAAGGCAGCCGAUCCUCUACCACGCCAACCACGUUCAUCUUUGGAAAUCUCCACUUGAGCGAAAAUAUUAGUUCCCCAACCCAAGCGCCACUGAUUAAUCAACCAAAUAUCAUGCAGAACGGUCGUACAACUUACCGGGAUCUACACAAUGUCACGCCCAGUCCUGCAGGUCCCGCUUCCAUGCGGCCGAGCCAACAACGGCCACAUACCCCGUCCUCUCCUUUGGGAACUGUCCACUAUCAGUUCAAGAACCUGAAUCUGGAAGAUGGAGGGGGUGAUGUUUCCGACUCCAACAGGAGCUCUAUUGAUGUACCAGAAGACGACGAGGCCACCUUCAAUAUUCGUCAAGAGGCACUUCCCCCGGCGCCCAUCUAUGACAUUCGCCUUCAGAAUGUGCUACGACAGGUCAGAGGCGAGCUGACGAGUCUUACACAAGUCAUGAGUAGGAAUGUCCUGGUCCAGGUCCCUGAUAGUGCCUUGUCUAAAUUGUAUGCCCAAACCCUUGAGGCGAGUAAAUUCGCGUACCCGGCCACACGGACGGUAGGAUUCAUCGGUGAUUCGGGUGCAGGGAAGAGUAGUUUGAUCAACUCGCUUCUAGAUCAAGAGGGCUUGGCCCGGUCGAGCGGAGACGGCGCCGCCUGCACCACCGUCGUUACUGAAUUCCGGAGUGUAAACGAUACAUUUCCAGAGAAUUAUACCGUUGUUGCGAGCUUCAUGGACUACGACGAAAUUCGGGAGCUCCUUGAGGAGCUGUUAUCCAGCGUUCGGAAAUACUACACGGAAGCGUUUCGUGAAGUCAGAACGUCGGAAGAACAGGAGGCCAUCAAGGUCGCAGCUCAAAGAGCCUGGGACACCUUGAAAUCCCUCUUUCCCCAUCAGAGGGACUUUGACCUCGAAUUCCUUCUCAAAGAAGGAGACAAUGCAGUGGACUCAAUUAUGACCACCUUGCUGCAGUGGGCCAUGGCGGGCUUAGACCAUCGACCAGGAGGACGUGAUAACCUACAGCAUACGAUUGUGGCUCAUCAUGCAGAUCAAUGCAUGGAGCAUCUUGAUAGGCUCAUGGCCAAUCCGGAAGAUGAUAAGCCAGCGUUUUGGCCCUUUGUGAAAUUGAUCAGGGUCUAUCUGCGAUCGCCAGUUCUACGUACAGGCCUAGUCUUGGCCGACCUACCAGGUAUCUACCGGAUUACACCAGUGCCAUUAGACCAGCUAACAACACUGCUUAGGGUUUCUGCGAGCGACAGAAAGGUACCUUCGUCACAGCUGCGACGAGGUGUUUAUUGUGAGUACUAUUAUGCGUUGUACAACCGAUCAGAUGUGAAUUCCCAAGAGACUGCACGUACUGCUCCGGCAGCAGAUGCCGCACGUAUCAAGGAUAUGGACAACAAGAUCCGGGGACUCGAGCGCAUGAUUGCGCAGACACGGUCGCGCAGACGACAAUCGCGUGGAGGCAAGAUGCAGAGUCUCGCUGCAGAGGAAAUCGACCUCAGAGAUCAAAAAGACGCCUUGGAGCUCCAGUUGAAGAGUUUUCUCGUCACUCGGCGAAAUACAUCCGUAACCAAGUCUCUGUUGGAUGCCUGGGGAGACCGAGCUCGGAUAUUCUGCGUGAGCAAUAAACUCUACUCUGAUUACCGAGAAAACGAUCCACAGGUCCAUGAUUAUCUGUCACUCAGUGGUGUUCGGGAACUUAGGCAAUAUUGCCAAUCAGUCCCGGCAGAUGCGCAAUUCCGAGCCACCGUGGCUUAUCUCCAGAAUGAAUUACCCGCGCUGUUAGGGUCUAUCUCGCAAUGGGGAUUAGCCGGGUCUAGCACCAUGACUGUGGCCCGAGCAGAGGUCUUGCGGGAUGUUUUGGCCAAAGCUGAAGGCACUCUCAAAAGGAGUACAAUUCUCGAUGGCUCUCAGGUACACUCGUUACAGAGGAGCGUCAAAAAGCAAUUCUCCGACGCAAUUACACAACAUAUUCGCAGAUCUCAACACGACUGGGGAAAUCAAGCAGUCGAGGCGAGUUUGGAAUGGGCAACCUGGCACCACAUGACAUACGCAGCAUUCUGCCGCAACUACGGAACACAUCAAACAGCAAAGCAGCCCUAUCGCUGCUGGAAUAAAGAGAUUCUCGGGCCAGGAAUUGAUCAGCUAUCUCUGGCUUGGCGGAGCAUGUUGGACUGGCUAGAAGAGCAUAGCCAGAACCUUGAAGACGAACUGACCGAUGUAUUUCAAGGUGUGCGUGGUUCUAUACCCGAGCAAUGUGACUUGGCACCAGAGGCCUUGCAAAACUUGCUUCUGAACCUCCGAAUGCGACAGACAUGUAUAGUGGAUGCCGUGCAUGAUUCCAAGGAGAGUAUAAUCAACGUCGCUAAAAAAAUAAUGGACGACACAAUCGGUGGACACGCGAGCUCCUAUAUCGCUGGAAUCAUGCGUCCAGUCUACAACCGUUGCAUGCAAGAAUAUGGAACGGGAAGUGACUCGCGUCGCAAACAAACCAUGCACCGCAAUCUCAAGUCCCCAGAUAUAUUCAUCAACUUCGCUAGGAAUAUUGCGGCUGAUUUCAACACAACCAUUGACGAGACGUUCAAUCAGCUGGAUCAGAAGCUGUAUAAUGAGAUUGCUAACAUUACCCGGGAUUUGGGCGCUGCGGUCACGGUCGAGGGGGAAGUUUCUGAAGCGGGGCAGCAUCCAGCUAAUGCGGAGCAGAUCAAGCGGGAUGUUGAAGCGUGUCAGAGGAUUUUGGGGGAUGCGAAGAAGGUAGUGUUGGAGUUGCGCGGGGAAUAG